GAAAUGGAUCAUGGAAGACUUUCCACCGCCUCCUCGCAGCACAUCUCGUUCCUAAAUGGAUGAGAGAGCUUGCGGGCAGUGGCCAGAGAAUCAUGCAAAAGGGAUCUUUUUCCCAUGUAAAGUGAUAAAAAAAGGAAUUGGCUGCUGGCAGGGAAAGUCCACGCGGCCAGCGUCGCAUCGUCGCGGUUUAGCCUCCAACCCAAAGGCGAUUCCGGCCCGGAUACUCUCCAACCCCUCGUCAGGUUUACUGAAGCCCACUGAGGAGCUUGGUGAAAUCACGCAUUCCACCAAUCAGUGGUCCAUCGAGCUCCAAGCCCGCGCCAUCUUCGUUUUGAACAAAGGCAGAACAGUUGUGCUGUAGUGCAAGUUCUCUCGCAGUUUCCUCAGAAAA